GAAACGGGGUGAGAGAGGAAAGGAACGCCGAAACAAAUUAGCAUAAUUCUCUUCUUCCUCCCCCUCUUCUCGAUGCUUCCUGCGAGUUAAGCGGCGGAAGAUAGAGAUUGCGCCGGGGAGCGAACGAGAAGUGAUGGGUUUUUUGAGCAAAGACAAGAAAUCUCCAAUUCUUGCCUCAACGUCGCCUUGCGCUGAUCUCAGAGCUGCUUAUCACAUUUGCUUCAACAAGUGGUACUCGGAGAAGUUCGUAAAGGGUCAGUGGGACAAAAUUGAAUGCCUCUCUGAGUGGGAAAGCUACAGAGAUUGCCUCUCGAAGCAUUUGGACGAUAGGCAUCUGCGUCGGUUCUUGGAAGCGGAACUGGUUCCCAGCGACCUGGUGAACAAUCAUGACUGAUCAGAAUGAUGGUAAGCCUUACCAUCCUAAACAUUCUAGUGCUUGGUCGUCUUUAGGGAGAUGGAACUAGUGCUUUGAUUUGCCGAUUGGAAAUUCAGGUGUGCUUAGUCUAGAUGGUUGAUCGAGCCUUUUGCUAUCAUAAAGAGGGAGAGCGGGAGGGGAAGAGGGAGACAUGGGGAUGGGCUGUCCAUGGUCCUGGACUCCUGGUGGGAGGAUCCUGCGUAGAGAGAAUUCGAAUUCGAUUCUUGCCCAAACGUAGUUGAAUUCUUGCUUUUCUUUUAGGUAAUCCUAGAUAUGACCUAUUUCAGUGACGAUGUCAGUGUUUGAUAGAAACAAGGUUGUUGGUCUCAACUUCAUUGAGACGUAACAACUCUGCCUACUUUUCCAUUUCACUGUUGUAUGGAUGUUCUUUCCUGUUUGUGGGUUUAACUUGUGAUAACUUGGUUCAACAUGAGAGCCGCCACAUUCUGUGUUCAGCAGAAGGGUGGUUACUUGCAUCAACAAUCUGUUGUUCUAUUUCUGGAUUUCUCUUUGUGCUCAAGUUUGGAGUCUGACAGUCUGUAAGUGCUUAUUGGAUGUUGAACUCAACAAAUUGCAGGCAUGGAGAGAGGCUACUGCAGAGCGGGUGAUAUCAUCAGAGCAGAUUCUUCCUUUCGAUAGGGCUAUAUAUGUUCAAUCGACCCAGUCAUGGCAGCAUCUCUAAGGACGUGACUAGUCUGCAUUUUUUCUUUUUCUUUCCAUUUAUGAUACGCCAAAUUCUCAAGACAGAUUUUGUAUACAUGGAAUGUGUAAUUAGGUUCUUGCAUUUUUCUCCGUGGCAGUACACAGCUGACAGCUCCAUUAUAGUCAAUUCAUCUGUUUGGCCUUCUAAGGGGUCGUUUGGAGAACAGGAUUCAGGACAUGGAUUCACUGAAUCCGUAGAUUUUAUAGAAAGUUAUGUUUUUUUGUUUCUUUCUGUAUUAUGGAUUCUAGCUUUAGAGAUUUCAAAUCUCUAAAAUCUGCGGAUAUCAAAUCUCUCAUUCUAUAUCUUGAUUCGUGAAUUUUUUUCCUCCUAGUUUUUCUCUUACUUCUAUUUAUUUAUAACGUGAAAUAUAUCUAUCAACAAAGUUUUUAAUAUUUUUUGAACCACUCUAAUUUUGUUAUUAAGGAUAGAAAUUUUAUUUAAUAUAAAAUUAAAUUUUUAUUUUAAUUGAAUGUUAACAAUCACAGUUACCAAACAAUAAACAUUUUAAAAUCUG